AGUUAGUCAUGUAUGCCUAUAUUAUACUAGGAUUUUUUCCCCCACAAAUUGGGAUUCCCCCUAGUCAUCUCUCAAAGUUUGCAAGCAAGGGUCUGUGUGGUAGUCUUUUCCAAUGAGCAUAUAUGGCAGUAGAAAUGAUUUGUAGUUGUAUACAGUUGAAGUUAAAGGAAGUGAGUCAGGCAAAGUGUUCACACUGAAAUGUGGUAGUCUGCGCCAAGCGCCUCGUGUCAGUAACACAGGAAGUAACUAAACGAAAAUGACAUUCGGUUUAAAAAGGAAAUGACCAAAGUUGCUCCAAGCUGAUGCACUGUUGCGAUGAAGAUGUGGUAAACUAGAGGAGCAGCUCCCACUGUAGUUCACGUUUUAUUCUGGAUUAAAGUCAAAGUGAAGGACCGCCAUCCGUCAUGUCUGGCAGAAAGUCCAAAAAAAGAAUUGGCUCAACACGCCGACCACUUGGACAAAAAACAGGUGAUAGGGGAGCCGAGGAAGUGCCCUCUGGAGAGACUAUCUUACAGGAGUCACCAGAAGGAGCAGAGAAUGCUGGGAGAACAGGGGACCCCGCACCACCCACUGCCACACUCGAGCAAGCAUCAUCAGACUCAUCUGAGAUGCCCAAGUGCAAGCUGGAUUCGACCACCGAGGAGGUCCACAUGGAGGAUCCUGGCAAAACUGAUCCAGGAGAGGCUGAAACCCGAGAAAUGAAACGGCUGUCUGGGGCCGAUGAAAAUACCUCUGGGAAGAUAAGGAGAAUGGGCUCAUCUAGGAGAGGGAAGCAACGAUUUCAACUAGAGGACAGGAUGGAAGACCAUGAGGAAGUGGCCAACAGCAUGCCGGCAUUACAGGAAGAAUCUAAUGUCAUUGUAACAACAGAUGAACAGUGUUUAACAGGAAAUACAGACUUACCAGAAGUACCUCAGUCAUCAGUAGUGGGCUCCGUUGAAGGUGAGGAAAUGAUGGAGAAGACAGAAGAGCACAGGCUUUUAUCAGAGCAGGACCUUACAACAGACGCAGAGAACAGCCGUUCAAAUACGAACUCCCUAUCUCAGUCCUUUUCUGACAGUUGUGCACCGGAUUCAUCUGUGAAUGUCAUAGACACUCAUGACAAUGAACAAGAGAAUGUUUCACAAAAGCAAGAUGGAGAGUCAUUUCAGAGUAUGGCUGAUGGCAUUCUAUCAGGAUCUAGUCAUUGCACUAUAUCCCAAGACGCACUUGGUGAACAUCAACAACAACAUGAAAUACAUGAAUGUGAUGAACAAAAAGAGGUGAAUGAGGUCAGUGUUGUGGUGACUGCACAUGUAGAUGCCACUACAGUAAAAGGAAACUUGGAAGAAAAUGUAUCACAUGCAGAAUCUUGUCACAUAGACAAACAGCCUGUGGAAACCGAUCAUGAAUUCUUUAAAGAUGUGACGGUGGAAGCAGCUGCCAUCAACAACUUUUCAGUGCAAACACAAGAUAAACCACAGGACAGUGCAUCGCAAGCAGUGGCAAGCAUGUCUGAGAAUGAAGAACAUUUACAGAUCUGUGCUGAUGCAGAGAGCUACAAUACCUCUGGACAUCAACAAGUGCCACAUAUUGACCAGACCAGUUCUUCCACCUUGACCCACGAGGAUGAAUUAAUGGAAGAUGUUCACAGACCAAAGAAAAGAAUGGGGUCAACUCGUAGACCACUGAAAGGAAGUAAGUUUGUACAGAAUAAUGAAGACAUCAGCCAAUUGGGAGCAGAGACAAAACACGAGAGCACAAUUGAAAGCCCCGAAAUAACAGAGGAGACAUUGUCAGUCAAAGAAGACACACAGCGAGUAGAAAUGGCAGAAUUGCAAUUUACAUUAGACAUGGCCACCACUGUCUGUGUGAGGGAAAUAGAGGCAGGGGGAAGUGAUGAAAUUGAGGAACAAGACAUCAAACAGAUGGACCCAAUAUUGAGUGAUAACAUGGAGCAUGUGUCACACACUGAGAGUCCUCACGUCACAGAUGACAGCGGGAGUGGGGCAACCAGCAGUAGUCAGUUUGUCAUUGAAGCCAGCUUGGAUAAUAGCCCUCAAAUAAAUGAGGAACAUACCAACAUUAACCAACAGGAAGUAGUGGUGGAAACACUCCAUCUGGACCCAUCAGAGGGGCCAGUAAGUGUAUGGCAAAAUGUGGAUGAGGAGACCCUGCAAACCAGCAUACAUCAUGAUGAAAACCUAACUCAGGAGCGCACGCAAAGAGAGGAUGAAUGUGGUGCUGCAACAAAAGUUAUUGAAAGUGAGUUUGGAGAAUCUAAACAGGUUUCUGUAGAAACACUCAUGGCGAUUAAUGGUACAGACCUUUGUGGUGGUGAUACAGAACUUUGUGGUGGAUCACAGGAUGGGCAGACCAAAGGACCUGUUCCUGUGGGUACAGAAAUGUCUGAGACAACAACAGCACUGCAUGAGCAGGACAAUGAAACUACCGUCACUCUUCAAAAACACACAGCAGAGGAUAGCGUAAAACAGGGUGCCCCUAGGCAGAAGAGAAGAAUGGGAUCCACACGCAGGAAAAAUCAACAAGUUGACAGCGGAGAGGAAACCUCAGCGAAGGAUGCAGAUGGCGAUAACAGCAUUAGGGCUCUCCAGAUAACCAGCAAUGUCAAGGAAGACUCAAGCAAGGGAUCUCAACAAGUGAGCACCUCACACGUUUUGGAAGAAAACGACAAUGGGAUAGUCAGCAUGGAUUUUGUUCUUGUUGCACAUGAGCAGUGUGGUGAGGGCAGUUCAUCAGCUGAAGUGGUAUCAUCUUUGGCACCAGUUAAUCAGAUGGAAGCUGUACAGGAUGAAGCUAGCCAUCCUCAUGUGACAGCACAACAGCCAGGUAGUGAUGAUGAUUUAAAUCCCGAUGGCCAACAGGAGAUAUCCAUACUAAGGCAGAGUGAAGAGGAGUUUGCAAAGGAGGAGGUAUCAGAAAAUCCCAAAGAUUAUGCACACACUACAGAGGAGAGCAUUUGUACCAUUACAAACACAGAGCCUGCCCAUCCUGGGUCAACAGAUGAGUUUCUUUAUGAGCCCUUGUGUGCAUCAGAGCCUGAGUAUCCGUCAGCUUCCCCUUUAUCAGAUCACACUCCACAGAUAACCCUCAACGUCCAAACAGAGAGCCUUAACCUUCCUCUAGACACAUUUGACAUGGGAUCACUGCAUGAACAUGUUGAGACCACCCUUAAACACGAGGACCCUACAGAGGAGGGCAGUUUUGAACAGGCUGCCCCACAACAGAAAAGAAAGAUGGGUUCGACCCGUAGAUCAAAGAGACAAGUGGACAGGGCAGAGGAAGGUGAAGGCAUGGGUGCAGAUGAAGACAAUGCCAUCAAGGAUGCCAGCACCCACAUAGAUGCUGGUGCUGACAUUGCAGUCAACCUGGAUAAGGAGGACAGUGUAAGCCAAAUGGUGCAGGCGGAUUCUGAACCACAGCUACAGGCAAAACAUGAUGAAGAGGUAUCGCAGGAUCUCAAUACAGAUUUUGGGGACAUAGACAGCCCAGCUACGAACACCAAACCUGCUCAUCCUGAACUUCUUAAUGAGGCUUUGCUUGUGUCAGAGCCAACUGCUGAGCAUGCAUCACCUUUCCAUAUAUCAGAACACACUCCUGAGACCACACAAUCCCCACUCAAUGUGCAAACUGAGAGCUUCAGCCUUAACCUCUCCACAGACACAUUUGACACAGGAACACUGCACAUACACCAUACAGAGGAGGGGAGUGUUGAACAGGCUGCCCCACGGCAGAAGAGAAAAAUGGGUUCGACCCGCAGAUCAAAGAGACACGUGGACAGGGCAGAGGAAGAUGAAGGCACGGCUGCAGAUGAAGACCAUGCUAUCAAGGAUGCCAGCACCCACAUAGAUACUGGCACUGACAUUACAGAACAUUCAGAAAACAGUGCCGAGCCCCUAGUCAAUCAGGACAAAGAUGAUAGUGUUAAUAAAAAUAUUUCAGAGCGGGUAGAUCUUGUUGAACAUAAACAGUGUGUUGAGGUCAGUUCAUCAACUGAAGUGGUAUCAUCUUUGGCACCAGUUAAUCAGAUGGAAGCUGUACAGGAUGAAGAUAGCCAUCCUCAUGUGACAGCACAACAGCCAGGUAGUGAUGAUGAUUUAAAUCCCGAUGGCCAACAGGAGACAUCCAUACUGAGGCAGAGUGAAGAGGAGUUUGCAACAGUUGAAGAGAACAUUAUUGAAGCUUUCGCAAUUGAAAAUAUUUACCAACCUAAAAAGCCAAUGGAGGAAAUCUCAGAAGGGGUUUGUGAUGCACACCUUAGCCAGAGCCAGGAAAACAGUAUAGCCAAAGAUGCAUCAGAGCAGGCAGACAAUGACGAAGAGGUAUCAGAAAAUCCUAAACAUUAUGCACACACUGCAGAGGAGAGCAUUUGUACCAUUACAAACACCGAGCCUGCCCAUCCUGGGUCAACAGAUGAGUUUCUUCAUGAGCCCUUAUGUGCAUCAGAGCCCGAGUAUCCGUCAGCUUCCCUUUUAUCAGAUCACACUCCACAGAUAACCCUCAACAUCCAAACGGAGAGCCUUAACCUCCCUGUAGACACAUCUGACACGGGAACACUGCAUGAACAUGAUGAACCCACCCUUAAACAUGAGGACCGUACAGAGGAGAGCAGUGUUGAACAGGCUGCCCCAUGUCAGAAAAGAAAGAUGGGUUCGACCCGUAGAUCAAAGAGACAAGUGAACAGGGCAGAGGAAGGUGAAAGCAUGACUGCUGAGGAGGAAAGUUCAAUCAAGGAUGUCAGCACACACAUAGCUGCUGGUACUGACAUUACAGUCAACCUGGAUAAGGAGGACCGUGUAAGCCAAAUGGUGCUGGUGGAUUCUGAACCACAGCUACAGGCAGAACAUGAUGAAGAGGUAUCGCAGGAUCUCAAUACAGAUUUUGGGGACAUAGACAGCCCAGCUACGAACACCAAACCUGCUCAUCCUGAACUUCUUAAUGAGGCUUUGUUUGUGUCAGAGCCAACUGCUGAGCAUCCAUCACCUUUCCAUAUAUCAGAACACACUCCUGAGACCACACAAUCCCCACUCGAUGUGCAAACUGAGAGCUUCAGCCUUAACCUCCCCAGAGACACAUUUAGCACAGGAACACUGCACGUACACCAUACAGAGGAGGGGAGUGUUGAACAGGCUGCCCCACGGCAGAAGAGAAAAAUGGGUUCGACCCGCAGAUCAAAGAGACACGUGGACAGGGCAGAGGAAGAUGAAGGCACGGCUGCAGAUGAAGACCAUGCUAUCAAGGAUGCCAGCACCCACAUAGAUACUGGCACUGACAUUACAGAACAUUCAGAAAACAGUGCCGAGCCCCUAGUCAAUCAGGACAAAGAUGAUAGUGUUAAUAAAAAUAUUUCAGAGCGGGUAGAUCUUGUUGAACAUAAACAGUGUGUUGAGGUCAGUUCAUCAACUGAAGUGGUAUCAUCUUUGGCACCAGUUAAUCAGAUGGAAGCUGUACAGGAUGAAGAUAGCCAUCCUCAUGUGACAGCACAACAGCCAGGUAGUGAUGAUGAUUUAAAUCCCGAUGGCCAACAGGAGACAUCCAUACUGAGGCAGAGUGAAGAGGAGUUUGCAACAGUUGAAGAGAACAUUAUUGAAGCUUUCGCAAUUGAAAAUAUUUACCAACCUAAAAAGCCAAUGGAGGAAAUCUCAGAAGGGGUUUGUGAUGCACACCUUAGCCAGAGCCAGGAAAACAGUAUAGCCAAAGAUGCAUCAGAGCAGGCAGACAAUGACGAAGAGGUAUCAGAAAAUCCUAAACAUUAUGCACACACUGCAGAGGAGAGCAUUUGUACCAUUACAAACACCGAGCCUGCCCAUCCUGGGUCAACAGAUGAGUUUCUUCAUGAGCCCUUAUGUGCAUCAGAGCCCGAGUAUCCGUCAGCUUCCCUUUUAUCAGAUCACACUCCAGAGAUAACCCUCAACAUCCAAACGGAGAGCCUUAACCUCCCUGUAGACACAUCUGACAUGGGAACACUGCAUGAACAUGAUGAACCCACCCUUAAACAUGAGGACCGUACAGAGGAGAGCAGUGUUGAACAGGCUGCCCCACGACAGAAAAGAAAGAUGGGUUCGACCCGUAGAUCAAAGAGACAAGUGAACAGGGCAGAGGAAGGUGAAAGCAUGGCUGCUGAGGAGGAAAGUUCAAUCAAGGAUGUCAGCACACACAUAGAUGCUGGUACUGACAUUAAAGUCAACCUGGAUAAGGAGGACCGUGUAAGCCAAAUGGUUCAGGCGGAUUCUGAACCACAGCUACAGGCAGAACAUGAUGAAGAGGUAUCGCAGGAUCUCAAUACAGAUUUUGGGGACAUAGACAGCCCAGCUACGAACACCAAACCUGCUCAUCCUGAACUUCUUAAUGAGGCCUUGCUUGUGUCAGAGCCAACUGCUGAGCAUCCAUCACCUUUCCAUAUAUCAGAACACACUCCUGAGACCACACAAUCCCCACUCAAUGUGCAAACUGAGAGCUUCAGCCUUAACCUCCCUACAGACACAUUUAGCACAGGAACACUGAACGUACACCAUACAGAGGAGGGGAGUGUUGAACAGGCUUCCCCACGGCAGAAGAGAAAGAUGGGAUCAACCCGCAGAGCUAAGAGACACAUGGACAUGGCAGAAGAAGGUGAAAACAUGGGUGUGAAUGACGACCAUGCUAUCAAGAAUGCCAGCACCCAUACUGAUGCUGACACUGAUGUUACAGAACAUUCAGAAACCACUGCAGAGUCCCUAGUCAACCAGGACAAAGAAGACAGCAUAAAUACAAAUAUUUCAGAGCAGGUAGAUCUUACAGAUGACCCCAGGCUGGAUUGUCCUGGCAAUAAAAUGGAUAUGAAAGAUGGCCCUGAAAAUUCUGAUGAUGUGGAAAAUAGUAAUGAGGCUGAACAAGUGACAACAUCUCAUAUUUCGACCAUUUCCACCAUGUCGACGUUACUCAUAUCAGAUAGUGUUACAAAGGCUUCUGAAUUUUUGCAAGGUGGCUGCACCGAAAAGGCUGAAUCCCAUUCGUCUAAUUCAGAGGGUCAUGAUGUGACAGAAAGCAUAGCAAUGUCUGAUCAGCCUGGACUCCCCAGCACACAUCAGCUUCUUACACCAGAGGGAGAUUUGGAACAGAAUGUGUCAAGACCAAAAAGAAAGAUGGGCUCAACACGCCGGCAAAAGAGACAAAGUAAUGACGUAGAUUUGGACAAGGGUAUGAAAUCUUCACAUGAGUCAGAGGGAAUGAACUGGAUGGGAACUAGUGCUGAAAUGUCUUUGCAACCUGAUAUCCAUUCAGAGCAAAUAUCAACUUGUGAAGAGAUCCAGUCAGCUUGUUUGGACACAACUCCUGUUGAUGAAGUUAAUGAAUAUGAACCACAGGAUGUGAGUGAAAGUCUAGGACAUGGAUUGAUUAACGAAGAUGUGCAUGACAAUAGUUCUUGGUGUAUUACCGGAAAAAACACAGAAGAGCCAACAUUCUUAAUGGUGCAGACAGAGUCUGAACCACAGUUAAUCAGCUCACUUGAUCAAAAUGAUGUGAACAUAGAUGCUGAUGUUGCCGCUUUGUCACAGGCAGCUCAAGCAGAAACUGAAGGGGGGCAGUGCCAAGAGGACUCUGCGGAGGAACAUGCACAAUAUGAGACAGAUAUCAAUAAAGUGCAAAGACGAGAGGAAGACAAGAUCAAUGGUGAAGCAGGGGGAAAAGAAGAAAUACAUAAAAAUGCAGAACCAGAGCGGCAUAAGUUUGUGUUGAAACAGGAAAUGGGUGAGACUCAAAUGAUGAAAGACUCCAGUCCAUCUGAUAGUCAAGCAGACAUUCAUAUGUGUGACAGAUCAUCUGAACUCACUGAAACCGCUAUGGAAAAUCUAAGUCUUGAAAAAGGUGUUUCUGCCUCCCUGUAUCAAGAGACUGAAGGAAGUCCCAGCGUCACACGGAGGAGAAAGAUGGGCUCCAGCAGAAGACACAGGAACCAACAGGAAACAGCAGAGAGAAAAUGUGUUGUCAUGGAUGGGAUGCUCAUGUGUGCAGCGACUGACAUCAGUUCUUGCCCUGCAAAUGAAUCGUUGGAUGGAAAAACUGAAGAAACACAACAGGAGAACAUUCUUCAUGAAGAGGAACACAAGGAGGCAAUGCCAUCCAUUUCUGUCAACACUUUGUCUGAAUCAAUUACAGCAAGUCAAGACAGAAGUUGCAGUGAGCUUCGUGGCAAAGACGAGUUAAGCAAGACAGAGCAGGAUGUUUUGGCCACGUCUAUUGCUGUUGUGCAGGUACCUUUGGUGGAUUCAGACAGCAGUGAAAAGGAUUCUAUGUAUGAAGUUGAUGAUAAGUCUCUCUCUAGUGACAACACCCAUCUAAGCCAGUUGGAGUCCACGGAGCAAAGACAUGUAACAUGGAAGGAGAGCCAGGUCCACACUGCCACUGCAGAACAAAGUGAGAUGACUGACUCCAUUGGAAUCGCUGCAGCUGAGGAAACAGACCAUAGCAAGCUUUGCCCAAAUGAUGACGAAGAGGCACCUAAAUCCCCACUCCAGAAGAGAAAGAUCGGCUCCUCUCGAAGAGGCCAAGGCCUUGGAAAAAGAGGGAAGAGAGAUGUAUCGAAAGUACAUGGUGACACGGAUAUAAUCAAUACAGAGAGUCUAGAAAGCCAUGAUAAAACCUGUGGUGCACUUGAUGUGGAAAGCUCAGAAGAAGGAGACAGCAGCUCAGUGACUCCACAAGACAACACAAAGGACCUGCCAGUGGAGGGUGAGCAGCCACUUGGUCAGACAGGUGAGGGGGAGCUGCAAGAAGACAAGCCAGAGGAGUCUAUAGAUAAACAAGAGCUGUCAGCAGCAGUUCAGGACGAGCCAUCAGUACUCACCCUAUUGUCACCCAUCCCACCUGAGGGUCACCAGGACAACCCAACCACAGAUCCACAAACCACCAGCAUCAAAAAACGGAAAAUGGGAUCAACUCGACGGAACACAAGGAGACAAGAUGGAGAGGAAAAAAGUGACUUUCAAACGGCAGUUACAAAGAGGCCUGAUGAUGACAAUAGCAGUCAGCAGGAUGUAGCAAUUGACACAGUCACCGUGACGGAAAUUCGAGAUCUGGAGGACUCAAGGCCAACAGAGAGCAGUGCUGGGCUUGACACUGCAGGUCAGACGGGGACUCCACAGGCCACAAGGAGGAAGAUGGGCUCCAGGCGUGCCGGCCAGGGCUACAGAGGAAUUGGAGUGCAUGGAGAACCAGAGGACCAAGCUGUUGGCACAGACCAAGGAGGUGAUAGCAGCAUCUCACCGAUGGUUCAGGAAAAGUCUCUUAGUGAGAGUGGUGCUGAGGGUGGGCCCUCUAAGGUGACCCCGGCUGAUGAAACUGACCGCCGUCGUCCCGUGGAACAACCAGCUCCUUCAACUGCAAACAGAAAAUCAGAUUUAGACAGGCUACAUGGACAAGAUUACACUCUUACAUCCCUUGAAGAGGCGAUUAUGUUCAACGUGGUAAUGGUUGGAGAAAGUAGCGUGGGAAAAACUUCUUUUGUCAAACGGUUAAUGACUGGGCAGUACUCUGAGGAUCACUCUGCCACUAUUGGUGUUGAUACCUUCAUCCAGACAUUGGCUGUGGAUGGACAAUUGGUCAAAUUGCAAAUAUGGGACACUGCUGGUCAGGAGAGGUUUCACAGCAUCACGCGUCAGGUGUUGAACAAGGCUCAGGGCCUGAUACUGAUGUAUGACAUCUCGUCCUGUCAGACGUUCAGUGCCGUUCGCAGGUGGAUCUCGUGUGUUGAGGAAGGGGCCCCUCGUGAGGUCAUCAUCAUGUUGCUUGGUAACAAGAGUGACAGUAAAGAGCGGCAGGUUCUACCUCCGGAAGGGGAGCGCUUGGCUCAGGAAUACAACAUCCAUUUUAUGGAAUGCAGUGCUGCAACUGGCUACAAUGUCUCUGUGGCUAUGGAGAACUUGGCUAGGUUACUGAAGCAGUCUGUGAAGUACAGUGGAAAUGAAAACCUCUCACUGCACAAGCCUCAGCAGAAGAAGUCUGGCUGUUGUUGAGGUUUCUUUU